UUAUGGUGGCGGGAGAAUAGUUUAUGUUGGAAUCAAGUUUACCAUAUGUCAUGCUUAUUCUAUGAUGCAGAAUUUGACCCUACUUACUUGUCUGUCAGAAAAAUAAAUUCAACAUAAUGAGUCAAACCGCAAUCCGUCGAGCCGAGGUCGAAAAACACAUUCGUGCAGUGCUUCUUUCCUCCCCAGUUGGCCUGACAAUCCAGGAAUUGAGGAGAGAUUACAAUGAUUUUAUUGGCUCUCCUCUUCCCUUCCGGUCAUUUGGGUACCAUGAUUUGGAAGACUAUAUUACUGACAUUCCAGAAAUAUUGACUGUCACAUGGCAGGAUGGUAAAAAGGUACUUCGUGCUACAGCAGACGAAACUACGCGACACAUUGAAAAAUUAGUAUCCAGGCAAAAAGUAACGAACAAGAACAAAUGGGCCGUCUUACGACAAAAAUCAAACCGACCAUCAUACAGAUCCCGUUAUGCCCCCGCCCCUUCAGUCCCAGUAUCAAUCAGGCAGCAAAUAAGACAAAUGUUCAGACACACUAAAAGUUUACCGCUUACACAUUUUGACGGGUUUUUCUACAAACGAUUUGGAUUUCAUUUAGACCAUGAAGGUCUGGGAUUUUCCACUGUGAAAAUUCUUUUAGAGAGCAUACCAGACACAGUCUCUCUAGUAAAUCAGUAUGGUGAAUGGAGAGUGUUGUCGGCACACAGAAAAGUAACUCCUGCUAAAUCCAACAACCCAUCCCCUGCUAAAAGCAGCCAACCUCUGUCUACAACGUCCACAAAACCAAUUCCUGGACAAUAUGAAUUACCUCCUCCUUUGUCAACUCCAGAAAAACCAAAGAAUGAAAAGAUAACUCCACCAGUAUCACCAAUUAAAUCAUGUCCUGUAACACCUACUAAUAAAUCUGUAUCUCCACCUGUAGAUGACAAUAAUUACCUGGGAAGCUCACCUGAACAAGAUGAUUAUAUUGAUCCUAUUCAUCAACAACUUAAACAGGUUUUGAUUGCCAAACCUGGUAUACAAGCAAGCCGCUUAGCUUUCGAGUUUAAGACUAUAAUAGGUAAAGACUUACCAUUUAAAGAUCAUGGUUAUCACAGUGUUAUAGAAUAUGUCAGUGAUUUACCAGCUAUAGUUAGAAUAGAAAGACCUAAUCCUAGUGGUGAUUGGUUACUUUACGAUGCUACUGCACCAAUCAGCCCUUCUGAGAAAACUGAACGUAUAAAUAAGAGUAUACCAUCUUAUACAGGAGGUCGGAGAGUAUUAAAAGAUGUUAAAGAGGCUAUAUCACAAGUUUUACAAUUACAUCAGCCUGAUGGUAUCGCCAUGUUCAAAUUCCCUCAAGCCUUUCAGGAUUAUACAGGCCUGACAAUAGAUCCUUGUUCCAUGGGUUUUGCAAGUUUUGAAUCAAUGUUGUUAUCACUAACUGAUGAUGUUCUUCAAGCUACAUACAGAGGUCGAGAAUGUGUGAUAUUGUCAGCCAAGAAUACAGAUGAACCAAGAAGAUUUGAUCAACUCUUACAGAAAUUUCAGCCUCAUGCAACACCAGUGCCACCUCACGUACAAUCAUACCAAGAGAAGGUUGGUCUACCUGAGGACUGUGUUCUACCACGAACAUAUUACACGUAUCAGACUUUACCAGAAGUCACGGGAGAAUAUAUAGAAGUAUUUAUAUCAAAUAUUGUAAGUCCAGGUUUAUUCUGGUUACAACUUCGUGGUAGACGUACAACAGAAGCUCUGGAAACUUUAAUGGAUGAGUUAUCUGAUUUUUACAUGUCAUCUGACAGUAAACGUUAUAAAAUGCCUGAUUGCUUGUAUAUGAUUGGUCAAGUAUGUGCUGUGAUAUUUCCAGAGGAUAAUAAUUGGCAUCGUGGAAUCAUCACUGGUAUUAAAAGCAUGGAAAUAGUGGAGGUUUAUUAUGUGGAUUAUGGUAAUACAUGUUCUGUUCAGAAAGAUACGAUACGAUUAUUAAAAACUAAGUUUAGAAGACUACCUGCUCAAGCCAUCCAGGCCAGACUAGCAAAUAUUAAACCUGUUAAAGAGGGUUGGUGUUUGGCAUCUCGAGAUCGUAUGUUAGCCAUCUGUACCAAUAAACCUCUAGUUGGGUUCCUAACAGCGGUUAAAAACCGUGUAUUAUCUCUGUGUUUAACUGAUACGUCACAAUUAGAAGAUAUACAUCUCAAUGAUUUACUAGUAGAAGAGAAAUACGCUGUAUUUGCACCUGAUGAACUUCACCCUUCUACUCUAGGACCCACCCAGUUUGCUGAGGUACCAGGUGAUGAUAUAUUAUUUGGUAUUAACAAUCCUUCUAACAAUACUCCUGCUGUCACGGAUACAAUCACCCUGACAACCAACACAGAGGAUAAUCUCUCUUCAUCUAAUCCCAUAUCACCUCGAGAUCUCCCACCUGGACCUCGAUCUGUUAAAAUUAUUGAUGCUACAGAAGAUCAUAUGUUUCAUCUUAUUAACCUGUAUGGAGAAUCAUAUUUAUUGUCAGCGGAGAUAUCAGCAUUAUUUUGGCAUAAAGAUCUUCUGUCAUCAGAGCUAAUCAAGAAAGACAUGACCUGUACUAAAGUAAAAGUAAUAAGAAGUGAUCAUAAUGAUUUAUUCCAAGAAUUAUUAGCGUGAGUAUUCGGGCGAUCAUUAGUCGGAACGAAAAUUGUUAGUGUGAGUAUAUCCUUGAAAGAGUUGUUAACAUGAGUAUAGAAAGAGUUGUUACCAUGAGUAUAUCUUUGAAAGAGUGAUUAGCUUGAGUAUAUCUUUGAAAGAGUUGUUAGCAUGAAAGGAAUUGUUAG